CUCGUUAUUACUUGAAUUUUCGAGCGGCUCAUUUUCAUCGGAUAAUGCAAUUAGAGUUUCCGAAAAAUUCCAUGUAUCCGCAAUGGUUCGCCGGAAUCGGAGUUACGAUGCUGACCAUUCACAUCGGCUUAAUCGGCGGCUGGUCAUCACCGACAUUAGUUAAACUAACGGCGGCGGACUCGUCGAUUCCUCUGGACUCCGAUCAAGCAUCUUGGGUCGCGUCCCUCGUGAACUUUUCCCGCUUCUUCGGUGGCAUUCUCGGCGCCGUUUGCGCAAGUUAUUUCGGCAGCAAACGCUCGAUCCUAAUAACGCUACAGCCCAUUGCUCUUGGCUGGCUGUUCGUCGUGAUUGCCACGUCCGUCGAGUGGCUCUAUGCCUCGCGACUCGCCAGCGGUCUAGGCCUCGGAAUGGCCUUCGCGACCUUUCCCCUCUUCGUCGGCGAAGUGUCCAUGCCCGAAGUGCGAGGGGCUCUCAUUUCCUUGGCCAUUGUCGGGGCGCCCUUUGGCCAGGUCAUCGCAAGCGUCUGCGGAACUUAUCUCUCGGUGCAAGUCGCGGCCGGCAUUUAUUUGGCUCUCGCUCUACUGGCUACCAUCAUUUUCAUUUGGCUGCCAGAGUCACCUCAUCACUUAGUGAAAGCCGGAAACGCUGAGGCUGCGAAAAAUGCCAUCUAUUGGUAUCGAGCUGGUCGAACUGUUGAGGAUGAAUUUGGUGCCAUCGAAAGAUUCGUUGGGGGUAACGUUCAAAAAAGUUUCCUCGAUAAAUUGAAAGAAUUCAAAACAGGACCGUCCAAAAAAGCCAUCAUACAGGUAAUUAUUUUGUUCACCUUCGCGCAAAUGAGUGGACUCAACGUUAUUAUGUUUUUCAUGGAAACGAUUCUGCGACGAGGUGAAUUCGUACUCGUCGAGCCUUCUUUAAUGGUCAUCUACGCUAACGUAUGCAGCACCGCAUCGGCGAUUGUGUCGAUAUUUUUAAUCGACAGAUACGGUCGUAAGUUGCUGCUUUCUUACGCGGCUCUCGGUGUCACUCUGUCGAUGAUAGGCCUGACGUGUCACUUUUUACUGAUGGAUCUCAAGGUGAAUAGCAGUCAAUUGCAGUGGCCCUUGGCGGGCUCGAUAUUUCUAUUCAUGAUCUCGUACUUCUUGGGGCUGCUCCCGGUGCCCAAUGCAAUAUUGAGCGAAACUUUCCCAGCUGAUACUAAGCACAUCGCGUCUUCGAUCGCAGGCUUAACGAGUGCAUUUAUGGGGUUUCUUUCAGCCAAGACUUACCUGCCGAUGCUGAAUGCCAUGGGCGAUACUUAUGUAUUUUUGUUCUACCUUAUUUGCUCGGCAGUUUUAUUGCCUUACGCGAUAUUCGUGUUGACGGAGACAAAAGGUAAACCUUUGCAACAAAUACAAGAUGAGCUAAUGACCAAGUGAUUACGACGUGACUGUAAUUAGAUUCUUGUCAAAUUCCGACACUAAAAAUGUAUCCAUUGUAUAAAGAACAAACAGCCUAAUCUUCAGGCAGAUAUAAUUAAUCCUUAAACAACUUAAUUAAUGUAGAAACAAAUAGUAUCUUAUUAUUCUAAACAAAUGAGCGCAAGCCCUUUUAUUGUAACUUAUAGAUCGAUUUUUAUACUUCAAAUACAUGAUUUUUUUAGCUUUUUCUUCCGAUUGUAUAUCUUUAGUACCAACCUCGCAGUAAUUGAACCCCUGCUACUCGGCAUAUAGACUUACAUUGUAGCCGAGUGGGUUGUAGUUCAAGUAUUCAGGUAAAAAAUAUUUAACGUUACUUCAA